AUGAAGCCCGAAACUGAAAACGAGUUAUGCCAUAUUUUGCUGACAGAGCUGCUAGCCUAUCAGUUUGCUUGGCCUGUCAGAUGGAUUGAGACCCAAGAUGUCUUGUUGAAUCAAUUUCAGGCGGAAAGACUAAUCGAAAUUGGACCGCAACCAAUCCUGGCAAACAUGGCCAAAAGAACACUUGGUCAAGCUGCAAACUACGAAAAUGCCACAUCCAUAGCGGCACGCCGGCAAGUACUCUCUGUAGCUACGAGCAUGGAUGAAAUCACUUACCGGUACGAUCCGCCCGUGAAAGAUGAGGCAACUGGAGGCGCUGGCGCCCUAGAGGAGCCUGCAAGGACCAAAAUCGACGUCUGCGCCAUGGUCGAGAGUGUAAACAUUGACGUUAACCAACCGGCACAGCAAGCAGCCCAAACCUCACUACAGCAGUUUGCUGAUGCACCAGGUAUUACCCCGGACCUGGCUCUCAGGUUUCUCAUCUCUCGCAAAAUGAACAACUUCGAUAUACAGUCGUUGCCAGUGGACAAGUCCAUCAAAGAGAUUUGCAAUGGAAAAUCAACCCUUCAAAACGAAAUAGUGGGCGACCUUGGCAAAGAGUUUCCAGAGCUGCAAAGCGCUCACCAAAUUGAGGAGAUGCCUAUUAAUUCGAUAUCAAAAGAAGCUGCGCUAUCCUGCGAGCCACCAAACGAGUUUGGUCCGUUAACUGUUGAUGCUGUCUCUAAAUUUAUGCCUCGCAAAUUUGCAGGGGACCUCUGCAGCUUAAGUAACGUCAAGCAGUAUUUGAAGACGACAUGGAAUGUCCAAACAAGCUCUGGUAUACUGUUGUUCAUGGCAUCUGCAGAUCUAAAGGAACGGCUUUCUACCGAGGAAGAGACCAAACGGUUCAUCGAUGAAAGCUGUGCAGCGUAUGCUAAAAUGUGCAACGUCAACCUCACUGUAAGAAGUUCCAAAGCCUCAGGUCCGGACGGGGGAAUUCCAGCUGAAGAUUCUGAGGCUGAGAAAAUAAAAGUCGUUGAUAUUGAGAAUUAUUUGGCCUUUGAAAGUGAUCUGUUGCAAUUGCAUAACCAACAACACCAGAUAUUGACCCAGCAUUUGAAAACGUCUGAUGGAAAAUCUGAGAUUGACAUGUUAAAAGCAAAAUUGGCAAAAAUGGAAGGGAAACUGUCUGCAAUCGAGGAAGAGUUUGGGGCCGACCUCAUCAACAAUUCCUUGCAGCAAUCAUUUUCACCUCUGAAAAUUAGAAAUUUCGACUCUGCUUGGAACUGGGCAAGGCAGUCCAUCCUCAUGCUGCUUCAGGCUGCGCACAGGGAACCCCAAAGAUUAGCACAAAUUUUAAACCCAACUAUUGUUCAGAAUAUUGCAAAUAGGGCCGACGCAAGUGUGAUCAGAAUCAUACAGUACUCAUUGAAUAACAAUGAUUAUGACCCAGUCGUGAAAAGAACGUUUGAAAAAGUGAUCAGUUUCUGCUUGCAAGAGAUCUCAAAAUCACCGCUUUACCGUGUAAAGAACUUUGAUUCCACUCAGUCUAGACUUCUAUGUCACUCGCAAAACUCAACUCAGUACAUCAAAGAGAUAUCUUUGGCCACGGCGGCCUCUACCACAGAGCCUUCAUCAUUUUCCACACGUUUAAACAGCGACAUGAGCAGCUACUACAAAAUUGAGAAACAGCUAUUUCAAGUGUAUUCGAAAAUUAUCCAGUAUUCAUUGACAUCGAAUAAUUCACCUUCUAGUAUACGGUCGCAAUUCGAAACCGUCUACGAACAGUUGCUAAUUUUCCUCAGAAAUUCUGAUCAUGUAGCGUCAUUCUUCAGAGGUAUCGUCAAUGAAGCUGUACGGUCCGUCAACAAGACGUUGAUAACAACAAAAGACGAUGAUCUAGAUGUUGUCAUCAAUGAUAGUGAGAUUCUGUCAUCCGAUGAUGAAGAUGAAGAUCCCAAACAUGCGGAAAAGAAUCAGGUUGCACCCAACGUCAAGAUUCCUACUGGUAUCGUACCAUUUCUUCAUCUAAAAAAGAGAUCCAAUGUAUCCGGAGAGUGGAACUACGAUAAGCAGCUUACACAAACGUAUCUCAACAAUUUGGCAAGAAUAGCACAAAACGGUAUUUCCUUUUUCAAUAAAAGGACGUUGAUCUUUGCAACGGACGCCAAGGACAAAAUCGCUUUGGAGGUCAUACGCGCUCUUCUACAAGCGGGUUCAAUAGUUGUGAUUGCCAGCGAACGUUUUGAUCGCGAAACAUGUGAAAUCUUUCAGAAGUGCUAUCAGAAUUACGGGGCUACCGGGUCAGAGCUGACCGUCCUUCCAUUGAAUAUGAGCUCCAGAAUUGACGUGUCGAGGUUUUCGGCGCAUUUGUUUUCCAAGGUUGGCGACAUAGACUUUUUUUUGCCGUUGCACGUUAGAACAACUCCAGGAUCAAUACUUGACUAUACUUCUGGUGCAGAGCUUGCGCAUAGAUCCUCAAGCGUUAACUUGCUGCGAUUCCUGGGCAGUAUUGUGAGGGAGAAGAGACUACUUGGCAUAGAAACAAGGCCCACGCAUGUCCUCUUGCCGCUAUCACCUAAUCACGCAAAUGUGUAUGAGAAAUCUAACUUCAGAGAUACGUUCAUGGCUCUGGUUCUUCAAAAGUGGUACGACGAAGAUUGGUCUGCCGAAUUGAGUAUCUGCGGUUGCGUAUAUGGAUGGACUCAUGAUGAUGAUGGUGACGUCAUUGCGCAAGGCUUGGAGAGAAUGGGUAUUCGUACAUUCGCAAACAAGGAAAUGGCAUUCAACAUGCUAGGACUCUUGACUUAUGAUGUGGUGUUCAAUUCUCAAGAUAGUCCAUUGAUUGCAGAUUUAAAUGGAGGUUUGCAAACUCUACCGAACCUGAGCUCACUUGUAGCUAAGCUCAAACAUGACUUCCAAUCGAGGGAGAAGAUCGAAGAGGCUGUAAGCAACCAGCAUUUGUCUGACAAAAAGCUUCUUGGUUAUAGCUCCGUCCAAUACACAGAAGUUAAACCUAGGGGAACUGGGCAUCUGCAGUUUCCAGCUCUUCUGCCCUACAAUGAACUCAGUGACAAAUUCCAUGGCGAAAAUCUGGCAGGGCUUCUUGAUCUAUCGAGCGUUGUUGUCGUAACCGGGUUUGGAGAGCUCGGACCAUGGGGAAGUGCAAGAACACGCUGGGAAAUCGAAAAAAAUGAAACUUUCUCUUUGGAGGGAUGUAUUGAAAUGGCAGCUAUCAUGGGUAUGAUUGAGUACUCCAAGAUUGACGACGGCAAGGGUUGGGUUGAUUGCGAGACGCGAGAACCAGUUGAAGAAUUCGAAAUCAAGGAAAAAUACGAAAGUCGAAUUCAGGAACAUUGUGGAAUAAGAUUUGUAGAGCCCGAGCUCUUUCAAGGUUAUGACCCACAUAAAAAGCAGUUUCUCCACGAAAUUGUAUUGACCCAUGACCUAAGUCCGGUUACAAUGUCACUCGAGCAAGCGGAACAAUACAAGCUGCUUCACGAAGACAAAGUUGAAAUCUACCCUGCGAACAACGAAAGCGAGUGCAGAAUUAAGUUUUUAAAGGGAUGCUGCCUCAUGAUUCCAAAGGCAAUUAAGUCGGAUCGAUUUGUGGCUGGUCAAAUCCCCACUGGGUGGGAUCCGGCCUCCUUUGGUAUUCCGGAUGACAUAGUUUCUCAAGUCGACCCGGUUACGCUUUACGCCUUGGUCGCGACGGCAGAGGCGCUUAUAACAUCCGGCAUUAAAGACCCAUAUGAGUUUUACAAAUAUGUUCACGUCUCGGAAGUUGGGAACUGUUCAGGCUCAGGUCUCGGUGGUAUGAAAUCCCAUCGUGAAAUGCAGAAGAAUCGCUUCAAGGAUCAGGAUGUCCAAUCUGAUAUCCUGCCCGAGACUUUUGCCAACGUAACGGCUGCUUGGAUCAACAUGUUACUUUUGUCAUCCUCGGGGCCAAUAAAAACACCUGUUGGUGCGUGCGCCACUGCUGUUGAGUCCCUUGAAAAUGCAGUUGAAACUAUUCUCUCCAAGAAAGCUAGAAUUUGCAUUGCUGGUGGAUGUGAUGACUUUGAGGAACACAUUGCUCAUGAAUUUGGAAAUAUGGGAGCAACUUCUAACUCAGCAAUGGAACUAGAGCGCGGAAGAGAGCCUAGCGAAAUGUGUAGACCGGCUACCUCGACUCGUAAUGGUUUCAUGGAAUCACAAGGUGCAGGGAUGCAAAUUUUGAUGUCCGCAGAUCUUGCAAUUGAGAUGGGUGUUCCGAUCUACGGAGUAGUCGCAAUGGCAUCCACGGCAUCUGACAAAAUCGGAAAAUCUCUUCCUGCACCGGGCCAAGGUAUAUUAACAUGUGCAAGGCAAACCAACGCCAAACCAACUAGGGAAAGCCCAAAGUUGAGCGCUAAGUACAGACAACAUCAACUAAGUCAGCGUUUGACAGAGAUCAAACAAUGGGCCGAGACUGAGAUUGCCGAGGGAAUGGAUGCUGACUUUGUUGAUCAACUUGCCAAAACUCAGCGGGAAGAGGCUAAAAAACACUGGGGUAACACUUUUUGGCACAAUGAUUCCAGCAUCUCCCCAAUCAAAGGCUGUCUUGCUACGUUUGGGUUGACAAUUGAUGACCUUGCUGUUGCUUCCUGUCACGGAACGUCCACGAAAGCCAAUGAAAAGAACGAGUCUCAAAUAUUGAACACCAUGAUGACGCAUUUGGGAAGAACAGAAGGAAACCCAGUUCUCACGGUUUUCCAAAAAUACCUGACCGGCCAUCCAAAAGGUGCCGCUGGAGCAUGGAUGGCCAACGGAGUUUUGCAAUAUAUGCAAGAUGGUUUGGUGCCAGGGAAUAGAAAUGCAGACAAUAUCGACAAAGAAUUUGCCCAGCAUGAUCAUCUAAUAUAUCCUUCUGAGAAUUUGAACGUCGGCACAAUCAGAGCCGCUUGCUUGACAUCAUUUGGGUUUGGCCAAAAGGGCUCCAUGGCAGUUAUGGUUAAUCCUAACUUUGCUCUGGCUGCGCUUUCUGGGCAGCAAUAUCAGGAAUACACUACUAAAGUGACCAAGAGAGCCAGGGAAGCUCAACGUCAUUUCUCCGAUGCUCUCAUCAACCACACAAUAUGCUCUAUCAAGAGUAGAAGUCCUUUCAGCGACAAGGACGAGGAGAAUGUCUACUUAGACCCGUCUUCAAGAGCUGACGACACACUCAAAAUUAGCAUCACUUAA